GUUGGAAAUGGUGUAAAUGAUGUCAAUUUCAACUUGUGUCUUUCAUUUCUCUUCUUCUGUGUUAGGUACCUUGUAAGAGAAGGGAGUGUGCAAUGUGUUUGGUUAGUCGGGAAGUGUCGGAAAUAGUAGGAAAUUAAAGUUUUAAUGUUGUGUUUUUGUUGCCAUGGAUUUUGGGAUGGUAUAUAGAGCGUAGUGGAGUGUGUUUGGGGUUGUUUCCAGUUUUUGAAGACAAUAGAAAGUACAAUACCCAGAUUUUCUUAUCUUUGGUUUUCUUUUUUCUCCUUUCUCGGAAUCCAAACGGAGGGUUUGUGGCCGCCUUCUUUUUCUUCCCUUUAAUUGUUUAGUGCUGUAAAUAGCAUCGAAUAUCUCUCAGCUGAGUGUUUUCCCCAAUUUUUUCAAACAAAAAGAGCACUGUCUCAUUUUCUUUUCUUUUCCCUCUGUUUUCUCAGCAACCAGAGGGAGGGGUUGGGGCUUUGCAUUUUGCAAUUAGAAUUAAAUUCUUGAACUUUUUUCUCCCUCUCAACAUUUUUGUGUUCAUCUUUGCUUUCUUUAACUAGUUAAGGUUGGACUAAUGGCUAACUGUGUGUUUACCUGUUCUCCAUCUAUUGAUUCUGCUAUCCAAUGUGAGCUUCAAAAUUUUAAUUGUAAGCAAAGCUAAAAUUUUUAUGGAAGGAAAGCAACAUUUUCUUCCAAAAUGGUACAGUGCAGGAUAAUGCUGCAAUUGCUGGAGAAGAAAACAAAGGUUCGGUUGAGUGGUGGUUUUCGAUUUCUCAGACACCAUGCCUUGUUCCUCUAGAAUGGAUUUGUUAACAGAGCAGAAAUCUUCACAUUUAACUGAAGCCGGUGCUCUCAAGCCUCUCACAUCGGUCAUGGAUAUGACAGAUAGUUCUUUGAAGCUAUCAAAUCCCCAUCAUCCACUUUCACAUCAUCAUUACAAUCUCAGUCGUACGUUACUUUUAAGACGUUCACGGCAUCACUAUGGUCAUCAAUACUCUCGAAGGAAUUCAGCCAACCAUGCUGAUGCUUCAACUUCUCAUGGCAAGAUCACUCCUUCAUGUGAUGAGAAACUGUCCUUCAAGUUGGCUAACCAUUCCAAGUCAGACUUUGGACAACACACUGGGAGUAGGGAAAAAGCCUUUUUCCGGCCAGAAAGAAUUAGGUCAAGUUCAUCAGUGGUGGAUGCAGUAUCUCUUGAUAUGGUGAGGAUGGUUUGUGGAAUAUGUCAGAGGCCAUUAAGGCGGAAACCUUACUGUCUAGAAAAUGUACUCUCUUCAAGUGAGCUCUCUGUUGUGGCAGUUUUAGUUUGUGGUCAUGUUUAUCAUGCAGACUGUUUGGAGCAGAGAACAUGUCAUGAAGAUAGACAGGACCCGCCCUGCCCAUUAUGUGUGGGCUUGCUCUCCAAGGUUGAUGACUCAGGAGGACAGGAAUAACCGUACAUAUACUGACUUAAUACAAGAAACAUAACAUAUUCAGAGGGAAAUAUAGGUGUUUUAUAUAUCUCAGACUGAAUGUUCCGUGAGGUAGGAGUUUUACCCUGCUUUUAGUGCAAAUUGCUAUCUAUUUGAUUUAGUUUUCAAAUGUUCUGCUAGGCAGAUCAGAAAAGCACCUAUGUCGUGUUCCUGCAAAUGAUACAUGUAAAUUGAAGUAAUUCUAUUUGGAUGCCAUUAAUAAUGUAAAUUGCAUUCCCUUGUGAUUAUUGAUUUA